UCUUAUCGCACCCUGAACUCUUUUGCCAAAAACCCCAAACCCUAGACACCCGCGCCUCCGUCCCGCCGUCCGCCGCGCCUCGUCACUCCGGCGAGCUCCCCCCCUCGCCCUCGACCCCGCCCUCCUCUCUUGCUCGUGUCCCCGUACCACCUCCCCCUCCCGACCAAGAUCGCCGCCCUCGUUUGCCGACGCCCUUUGCCGCGACCGGAGGUCCCUUGUCCUCACCGUCCUCGUUCGGCGCCGCCGCGAGCGACUUAAGGGGAAAGGCGGCGAUAUGAAGAACCUGAAGCUUGUGACCAGGGUCGUGCAGGAGCUCCAGCUCCAUCUCGACGGCGAGACCCUCGUCGUAUCCGCCAUCGACGCCGAGCGCCACCGUGCCUUCUUCGUCUCCUCCGCCAACUUCCUCUAUUCCGUUAAUCUCCUCGCCUCCACCCAGCAACCUCUGCAAUGGAGUAAAACCACUCUAGAUUCAGAUGUGGAGGAGGUUCUUCUUGAGCCUGGAGAUUUCAUAGUUGCCAUGGAUUAUCUAAUGGAGAAGGAGUCUCUGCUCCUUGGUUCAGCGGACGGGUGUCUCUUAUUGUAUAAUGUGGAGGAAAGAACAACCGAAGUUGUAGGAAGAUUGGAGGGUGGUGUCAAGACCAUUGCAUCUAGUCCUGAUGGGGCCCUUCUCUCUGUAACAACCGGAUUGGGGCAACUGCUCGUCAUGACACAUGAUUGGGAAGUGCUGUUUGAGACUUCUAUUGACCCUCAAAGUGCUUCUGCAUGCGAGAUCAAUAGUUCUGAUGGUCAGAUCCAAAGUUGUGUCUCUUGGAGGGGUGAUGGAAAACAUUUUGCUACCCUUGGGGGCUUUGAUGAUAGCCCUAAAAAACUUACUAUUUGGGAACGUGAAUCUGGAAAGGUUCAUUCUUCUUCAGACACCAAUAAUUUUAUGGGGCAAUCACUAGACUGGAUGCCGAGCGGAGCAAAGGUUGUCACUGCCCAUGACAGGAAAACAGAGGGAAAGUGCCCUCUCAUUGUAUUCUAUGAGAAGAAUGGCUUAGAAAGAAGCCACUUUUCUAUUGAAGAACCAGCAGAGGUUGUCAUCCAAGCAUUAAAAUGGAACUGCAACUCUGAACUCCUAGCUGCUCUAGUUUCUUGUGGCCAGUAUGAUGUUAUUAAAAUAUGGUCCUGCAGCAACAAUCACUGGUAUUUGAAACAAGAACUGCGCUACACAAAGAAAGAGGGGGUGAAGUUCUCUUGGGACCCGACAAAACCGCUGCAUCUCAUUUGUUGGACACUAGGAGGUGAGGUCAUUGCACACAGGUUUGCAUGGACUACUGCUGUCAGUGAAACUUCAGUUGCAUUAGUUAUUGAUGGCCUCCGUAUCCUUAUAACUCCGCUCCAUUUGGGCCUCAUGCCACCCCCUAUGUCUCUGUUCUAUCUUGCGUUUCCUUGUUCCGUGAAUGAGGUUUGUUUUGUAUCCAAGAACUCAAAGAACCAUUUGACUGCUUAUCUUUCAAAUGGCAGCUUAUGUGUUGUGGAACUUCCGGCAGCAGAUAAAUGGGAAGAGUUUGAAGGCAAUGGGAUAACUGUUGACCCUUGCCAUUGUGACUUCAGUUUGAAUAACUCUAUGCACCUCACGUGGAUAGAUACACGUACCUUAAUUGGUAUCUGUCGCUGGAGUGAUUACUGUUCUUCAACACCUAUGAGGUCCAGUGAAGCUGGUAACUUAGAAGAAAAACAUGAUUCGCUGUUCUUUGUCAAUGAGAUUAAACUUGUAUGUUCUGAGGACUGUUUGCCAGGUUCAGUGAGUUCAUCUGGUUGGCAAGCUAGAGUAUCAAAGAGAAUGCCUCUGGAGGGUCCUGUUAUUGGAGUCUCCCGAAACCCAGCAAAAGGAGGUUCAGCCUUUAUCCAGUUAAGUGGAGGAAAGAUUGUUAAAUACUGUUCAGAGUUGAGAAUGACUGCACCGAUACAAAGCGGUGAACUUUGUCCUGAUUAUGAUUUUCCAACAUCAUGUCCUUCAAUGACUGCCGUUCCAUGCCAUGAAAAUGGUGUGGUUCGAACCCUUCUGCUUGGACUUGAUGACAGCAGUAAGCUGCACAUGGGCAAAAGGUUAUUGAGCAACAACUGCAGCAGCUUCACAUUCUAUUCCAGUUCUUAUGGAGCUACUGAGCAGGUUGUGACCCAUUUGCUUGUGACUACUAAGCAGGAUCUUUUGUUCAUUGUGGACGUCAAUGAGAUUUUCCUAAAAAACGGCCAAGUGACAAUUGAUAGCCAUGUUAACAAACAUCCUCGAGCAAAGCCAAGCAAAGAGCAUAUCACUGUGUGGGAAAAAGGAUCAAAAUUGAUUGGUGUUCUCCAUGGUGAUGAAGCGGCUGUCAUAAUUCAAACAACCCGUGGUAACUUAGAGUGUAUGUACACUAGAAAGCUGGUCCUUGUUGCAAUUGUUCAGGCACUGGUCCAGAGGCGUUUCAAAGAUGCAAUGGACAUGGUAAGACGCCAUCGAAUAGAUUUCAAUAUGUUGGUUGAUUAUUGUGGAUGGAAAGCUUUUAUCAAGUCAGCAGCAGAUUUUGUUAAAGAAGUCAAUAACCUUAGCCACAUCACUGAAUUUGUUUGCUCAAUUAAGAAUGAGAAUGUCAGCGGCAAAUUGUAUGAGGCGUACAUAUCAUUCCCUGAGCAGUGCUCGAGCUCAAUGGAUAGUGAAAAUCUGCAUGGCGCCUUGUCAGAGAACAAAGUAACAUCUGUACUGAUGGCAAUCAGAAAAGCCCUCGAGGAACAAAUAGAAGAAAGCUCAUCAAGAGAACUGUGCAUACUGACCACUUUGGCGCGUAGCGGACCUCCAUUGUUGGAAGAAGCAUUGAAUAGAAUUAAAGUCAUUCGAGAACUGGAACUUCAUGGGGUUGAUGAUGGCCGACGGAAGCUUUACCCAUCUGCUGAAGAGUCUUUGAAGCACUUGCUUUGGUUAACAGAACCAGAAGCUGUUUUUAAUGCUGCUUUGGGACUGUAUGAUCUGAAUCUUGCUGCUAUAGUUGCUUUAAAUUCCCAAAAAGAUCCAAAGGAGUUCCUUCCUUUUCUUAAGGGUCUUGAAUGCCUACCUCCUGCUAUUAUGAGGUACACAAUAGAUUUGAAACUUGCAAGAUAUGAGAGUGCUCUCAGAAACAUUGUGUCUGCUGGUAAUGAGUAUCAUGCGGACUGCAUGGAACUCCUUAAUUCUAACCCUCAGCUGUUCCCACUGGGCCUCCAGUUAUUUAGUGACCCAGAUAAAAGACAUCAAAUUCUUGAGGCAUGGGGCGACCAUCUUUUUGAAGAGAAAUGCUUUGGAGAAGCUGCAAUAACUUAUCAAUGUUGCUCAUCAUAUCAGAAAUCUUUGAAAGCUUAUCAUGCCUGUGGGGACUGGAGAGGUGUGUUCACUGUUACAGGCCUUCUGAAGUUCACAAAGGAAGAAAUUCUUCAACUAGCACAGGAGCUAUGUGAUGAGUUCCAAGCACUCGGUAAGCCAGGAGAUGCCGCCAAAAUCGCACUGGAGUAUUGUUCAGAUGUUGAUAGAGGUGUAGGCUGCUACAUCAUGGCAAGAGAAUGGGAAGAGGCUCUUAGAGUGGCUUAUAUGCACAGCAGGCAGGAUCUUGUUGAUACUGUUAAAGAUGCAGCUCUGGAGUGUGCUGCAGUGCUGAUAUCUGAGUAUCAGGAAGGAUUGCUGAAGGUGGGUAAAUAUCUAGCACGCUAUGUCGCUGUGCGGCAGAGGAGAUUAUCUCUUGCAGCUAAACUACAGUCAGAGGACCGAUUUAUGGAUGUCGAAGACGACAACAUUUCAGAAGUCAGCUCUAGCUUCAGCGAAAUGAGUGCAUACACGACUAGGUCAACAAAGGAAUCGAGUGCUUCUGUCAUAUCUAGCAGCGCAAGCAAGUCACGAGGGUCAAGGCGUCAAAAGAAAGCUGGCAAGAUACGAGCUGGAAGUCCUGGGGAGGAGAUGGCACUAGUGGAGCAUCUCAAGGGGAUGUCUCUGGCCACUGGUGCGCAAAAAGAGCUUAGAAGUCUACUUGUAGUUCUAACACAGCUGGGGAAAGAAGAUAUCGCCCGUCAGGUGCAGCUGGCUGGAGAUAAUUUUGAGGUAUCGCAGAUGGCCGCAGUGAAGUUGGCUGAGGAUACAAUGUCUACUGACAAGAUGGACGAGAAUGCGCAUACCCUUGAGCAUUACACGAAAAUGCUGAGAGCACAUCAGCCUGUCGCCAGUGAAACCUCCUCCUGGCGGAUCAAAGCUCUGUCGCCGCCUUGACUGGUUUGCUGGCGUGUUGCUGUUGGGACACGGGAGGUUGGCCAGGGCAGCGCUUCUGGUGCCCAACGUUUGCAGUACAACAUGUCUCUAUCUGGCGGAUCGUUACGUCCAACAUGUUUCAGCAAUUUUGUAGUUGUAUCAUGUAUCGUGGAUAUCAAAGUUCAUGCCAUCGGUCUAUCACAAGUAUAGUGGUCUAUUUGUUUGUGUACCAACAGUUGAUUAUUUUUGGCAGAAAUGAAGCAUGCCAUGAAUAUUGCUGAAAUGUAAUACAUUUCAAUACGCAGUAAAUGCUGAUAUAUUUUCACGGGGGUAUUCACA